AAGCAAAAAUAUUACGAACCUAAUGGAGUUUUUAAGUAGCCUUGAAGAUGUCAAACAAACUAUUAUUGAAAACACCGAGUUUAUAAGAUCAUUGGAAAACUGUUGUGAUGACAAUUUCCGCGAAAAUGUACAAAAAUUGCUUAAUGAAAAAAUGAAGGAUCGAUUGAAGAUCGGCGAAGAUAUAAUUGCUUUGAAGGCCAAGCACAAACGCAUAGAUGCUGCUUUGCAGAACGUAUUAAAUGAAGCUGAAACAGUCGAAGAGGCAAAUGCCAAAUGUGCAGAGAUUUUGGAAAAUGAAGAAAGGAAACGCACCAAUAUUAAGCAAUCGGCUGAGUAUAAAGAGUUUAAACAACGAUUGACCGCCGUAGGUGGUGAUUCGAAUGCAACAAACGUAAAUGAUGAGGAAGUGACCGAGGUUGUUGAGCCAGGUGGCAAAGUUGUCUCAAUGUUUGAUCCAUGGUCAAAGAAGUUAAUGUUGAAUCCAGUGCGAAACACUAAGUGCGGGCAUCACUACGAAAAAGAUAGUGUAGAUGCUAUGUUACAAGGCAAUUCUGGUAUACGCUGUCCAGUAGUAGGAUGCCCGAUCAAAAGUUGCAUAAGCCUUAAGCAUCUGGAGCCCGACAUAGCUUUGCGUGAGAAAAUAAGAGCGUACAAAGCUCAGCAGGAACUAGCAGAAUCAUUGUCAGAAGAAGAAGAUGGAUAGUCUAAUCAUAUGUUUACGUUGUUAGGCUGUUUCAUA